UUUUGCUAGUUCAACAUAUACUCUGUCAAGCCAGUCACGUUACUUGGUGCCUUGGUAUUGAGGGGCUUUCACCAUGGCUGCGCGACGGACUUGGACACCCGCGACACUUUCACAGGCACGACAGCAGCUGCAACCACUUGGACGACCGAGGUCGACCAGUCUCAGGCCGCGAGGCUGCCACAAAAGUUAUUUCUUCUGUGAUUAUCCAGCGCCUCCUCCUACUGUUUCUGGUCGUACGCGCCCGUGUCAGUUCUGCCAGCAUUAUCCCCAUUACCCCUCCUCAUCACCCGUCUCACCCUCCUCAGCUGGUCGCCGUGGCUCCCUUCCUCCCCCCCUCAGCCUUGCGAGCUGUUACCCCUCUCCGCACCGGUCUCGGAUUCAUCACUGCCCAGCCGAUCCUACCAAGGGCUGCAUCCCUGCGCUACUCGUCCUCGUCCUCGUCCUCAUCCUCAUCUAACCCUCCUCUCUCCCUAAACCUGAGCUUCAUCACCAGCAAACCCACCCGACGACUCUUUUCCUCCUCUUCAGUCGAUAUGGUUGGCAUCAAGAUUGAUGGCAAUGCCAUCGCCAAGGAGAUCCGUGAGAAGCUGCACGCUCAGAUUGACGAGCAGCUCAAGACCAACCCGCGAUUCCACCCCUCGCUGAAGAUCAUCCAAGUGGGCGACCGCUCCGACUCCAGCACCUAUGUCAAGAUGAAGCUGAAGGCUGCCGAAGAGGCCGGCAUCAGCUGUGAACUCAUUCACUUCCCCGAGUCGACCACUGAGGGCGAGCUCAUCGACCAAAUCGAUGUCCUGAACAACGACACGACCGUCCACGGUAUCCUCGUUCAGCUGCCAGUCCCAAAGCACAUCUCGGAGUACUCUGUCACCUCCUCCGUAGCAAACGACAAGGACGUUGAUGGCUUCGGCGCAAUCAACAUUGGCGAGCUAGCCAAGCGUGGCGGUGUCCCGCUCUUCACCCCGUGUACGCCAAAGGGUGUCAUGAAGCUUCUGGAGUCGACCGGUGUGGAUCUCAAGGGAAAGAAAGCUGUUGUCCUAGGACGCAGCGACAUCGUUGGCAGCCCAGUCAGCUACCUCCUCAAGGAUGCUGAUGCGACCGUCACUGUCUGCCACAGCGCGACCCAAAACAUCGAGAGCUACGUCAAGGAGGCCGAUGUUCUUGUCUCUGCCAUUGGCAAGGCCCACUUUGUCAAGGGCGAGUGGAUCAAGCCAGGCGCCAUCGUGAUUGACGUCGGCACCAACUUCAUCCCCGAUGAGACCAAGAAGUCGGGCCAGAGAUUGGUGGGAGAUGUCGACUACAAUGCCGCCGUCGAGGUCGCCUCGCACAUCACCCCCGUCCCCGGUGGAGUCGGUCCCAUGACCGUCGCCAUGUUGCUGCAGAACGUCGUUGACGCGGCGACUUCCUCCUUUGCGCGCGAGAGGGCCCGCCGUAUCUUGCCACUCCCUCUCAAACUCCGCACUCCAGUCCCAUCUGAUAUCGCCAUCUCGAGGGCGCAGCACCCCAAGCAGAUCACCCGUGUCGCGGCUGACGUCGGCAUCCUUGGUGGAGAGCUUGAGCCAUACGGAGCGUACAAGGCCAAGGUCGACCUGUCCCUGUUGAAGCGCCUCGAACAUCGCCGCAAUGGCCGCUACGUUGUCGUUACUGGUAUCACGCCAACUCCUCUUGGUGAGGGCAAGUCCACGACAACCAUGGGCGUAACGCAGGCGCUCGGUGCCCACCUUGGUCAUAUCGCCUUUGCCAACGUCAGGCAACCAUCCCAAGGCCCAACCUUUGGUAUCAAGGGUGGUGCCGCUGGUGGAGGCUACUCCCAGGUCAUCCCCAUGGAUGAGUUCAACCUUCACUUGACUGGCGACAUCCACGCCGUUACCGCCGCGAACAACUUGUUGGCCGCUGCCAUCGAAACGAGAAUGUUCCACGAGAACACCCAGAAGGAUGGCGGACUCUACAAGCGUCUCGUCCCAGUGAAGAAGGGCAAGCGCGAGUUCCAGCCCAUCUGGCACCGCCGCCUCAAGAAGCUCGGCAUCGACAAGACCAACCCGGAUGAUCUCACCCCAGAGGAGAUUACUCGCUUUGCUCGCCUGGAUAUCGAUCCUGCUACCAUCACCUGGAGACGUGUCCUCGAUGUCAACGACAGACAUCUUAGAGGCAUCACUGUCGGAACUGCGGCGACCGAGAGAGGCCAGACCCGCAAGACCGGCUUUGAUAUCUCGGUGGCCUCGGAGUGUAUGGCCAUCCUUGCCCUCAGCAACAGUCUUGCUGAUAUGAGGGAACGCCUCGGCAGAAUGGUUAUUGGUACGUCGAGGAGCGGCGAGCCAGUCACUGCCGAUGACCUGGGUGCUGGUGGAGCCCUGGCUGCCCUAAUGAAGGAUGCCAUCAAGCCCAACCUCAUGCAGACUCUGGAGGGCACACCGGUCUUUGUCCACGCCGGCCCAUUCGCCAACAUCUCCAUUGGUGCCUCGUCUGUCCUGGCCGACAAGCUCGCCCUGAAGCUUGCCGGUACCGAGGCUGACGAGGACCAUAACGCAAAGGCUGGUUUCGUCAUCACCGAGGCUGGCUUUGACUUCACCAUGGGUGGUGAGCGCUUCUUCAACAUCAAGUGCAGAUCUUCUGGCCUUGUUCCCGAUGUCGUUGUCAUCGUCGCCACUGUCCGCGCACUGAAGGUGCACGGUGGUGGGCCACCAAUCGCCCCAGGUGCCGCCCUUGACAAGGUAUACACAGAGGAGAACGUCGAUAUCCUGCGCAAGGGUUGCGUCAACCUCAAGAAGCACAUUGAGAACGCGAAGCAAUACGGUGUACCAGUCGUUGUCGCCAUUAACAAGUUCGAGACCGACACCGAGGCCGAGGUCCAGGUUAUCCGCGAGGAGGCCAUCGCUGCUGGUGCCGAGGAUGCCAUCCCCGCCAACCACUGGGCUGAGGGUGGAGCUGGUGCCGUUGACCUUGCUAAGGGUGUCAUUGCUGCUUCUGAGAAGGAGAAGGACUUCAAGCUUUUGUACACGACCGAGGGAACCGUCCAAGAGCGCAUGGAGGCCAUCUGCAAGAAGAUGUACGGCGCCGACAAGGUCGAGUUCAGCGAGCUCGCUCAACAAAAGGUUGACACAUACACGAAGCAGGGCUUCGGAAACCUGCCCAUCUGUAUUGCCAAGACUCAGUACUCGCUGUCUCACGACCCCGAGCUGAAGGGUGCCCCAACCGGGUUCACCGUGCCCAUCCGCGAUGUCAGGCUGGCAGUUGGUGCUGGGUACUUGUAUGCCCUCGCCGCUGAUAUCCAGACUAUCCCUGGCCUGCCAACAGCUCCGGGUUAUAUUAACGUCGACAUCGACACGGAGACUGGCGAGAUUGACGGUCUCUUCUAGAGUACGCAGGGGUACAAUCUUUCAACAAAUCCUUCAACAAUUUCCAUCAUUCAAGAUAGUUUCCAUGUUCCUUUGGAAUCUAACGUUGUGUAUAUUGGUCACGCACCUUAACGGGCGUAGAUAGCGUGGUGUGGCAUACUUCAACAUGGGCGCUCGGUGUUAGUGGAUGCAUUUCUUAGCAAGAGUUGCUAUGGGGCAAUCUAGACGGGGUUAGGCAAAAAAUAGG